AUGGCGGAGAUGACACUUCGCUACCUCAUCGACGACACGGCUUCUAGCCAAGGUCCGCCGCGACGAAUUAGCUGCGACGAGCUUGUACCGAUUAUGGUUGAUAAUGGCCUUCAGCCCACACUACCCAAUACUGUCCGGACAGUGCCUCUCCCGGUCGCAUGCGCCGCUUUCGUCCGAAUGGCUGCUCGCGAAAAACGCGCAAGUCGACUCCGCACUCGGAUAUUUGAGCAGCUUUCUAGCGUGAUCACGCAUAGCCUCUUUGACAUGAGCUACGAGGGAGAUUACAUGGAGUUUCCGCCGAAUGACUAG